CUCCAUUUGCUUCAAAGAAUAACACUGACAGAGAGAGAGAAAGAAAGAGAUGGCCAGACUCUCUUUGAUUGCAAUGCUAAUCUCCCUGGUGAUUACCAUGGCAUCGGCUCAAAGCCAAGAAGAUGGGUCUAAUCAAGUAGGCUGGGCAAAGAGAGUUGAUACAGGUAAAGAGGUAGUAACAAACCUUCACUUCUAUUUCCAUGACACAGUCAGUGGAAAGAACCCAAGUGCAGUGCGGGUGGCUCAAGCUAACGAGACUACCAAUUCACUCACUCUCUUUGGUGCUCUCCUGAUGGCUGAUGAUCCCUUGACAGAGGGACCUGACCCGAGUUCGAAGCUCGUCGGCCGAGCCCGGGGACUGUACGGCUCUGCUGCACAGACAGAGUUGGGCCUGAUUAUGGUCAUGAGCUAUUGUUUCACAGAAGGUAUUUACAACGGCAGCUCUUUCAGCAUUCUGGGCCUAAAUCCGGCGAUCAAUCCGGUCCGCGAGAUGUCAAUCGUCGGUGGUACCGGUCUUUUCCGAUUGGCAAGGGGUUAUGCCAUUGCGCAAACCUACUGGCUCGACCCUACCACGGGUGAUGCCAUAGUGGGUUACAAUGUCACAGUUGCUACUUAUAUUUGA